CUCGUAUUGUAAACAAGAACAACAAUGGCCACUAAGUUUGUUAUAGUUGCAAUGUUGGUAGCAGCCGCCCAAGCUAACGUCGAUUACUCCAGUUUUUCAUAUGGAGUACGGGACCCACACACUGGUGACGUCAAAGAUCAACAUGAGAAACGUGUUGGAAACAGCGUAGUAGGGCAAUACUCGCUCCUGGAGCCUGACGGCACUAAGAGAGUCGUCGAUUACGCUGCCAACCCUCACACUGGUUUCAACGCUGUCGUCCGUAAAGAGGGUCUUUCUGUUCAUCCCGCUCCUGUCGCCCCAGUUCUCUCCCAUGCGGCCCCUGUUCUAUCUCAUGCGGCCCCUGUUCUCUCUCAUGCGGCCCCAGUUCUCUCCCAUGCGGCCCCAGUUCUGGCCCAUGCCGCUCCUGUAGCGUAUAAUGCCCCAAUUGGGUAUUCAACGACUGUCGCCCACGGUUACGCUCCUCACGGUGGUCUUGCCUCUCCUCUAGCUUAUGGUGGAUACGGAGGUUACGGUGCUUAUGGAGGACACGGCGCUCCCUUAGCCGGUCUUGGAUAUGGUCAUGGCUAUGGUGCCCGAUUGGGUUGGUAAUAUAUAUCUGAUUAAUAAUAUCGACUAUGUGGACUGCUUCAAAUGACUGUGUAUAU